GCCUUGAUUGGACUUCCUUUGGAGCCAUAGUUGGUGCCCGAGUCCCUGCACAUGGGCGCGCGGCUCCUGCUUCUGCGACCCGGGACCGCGGAGCUUACCUGUGCUUCAGGUGUAUGUCCAAAAGAUUUAAAGACCGCCUCAUCUCUGAUUCUAAGCUGUUAUUGGAGCUUUUGAGGAAAAGCCAUGGACUUAGCUACCACUAUGAAGAAGAUGAAGGAGGAAGCCACGUGCUCCAUCUGCCUGCAGCUGAUGACGGCACCGUCAAGCAUCCACUGUGGGCACAGCUUCUGCCGCGGGUGCCUAGAAGGCAUCAUUGAGAAGGAGCAAGAGGAAAGACCACGUCAGAUGUCGUUCGACUGUCCCCUGUGUCGCACAAAAUUUCAAAAGGACAGUCUUCGCCCCAUGAAGCAGCUAGAAAACCUUAUUGAAACCAUCAAGGAGAUGGAGCGUGAGAGUCUGUGUCAGGAACACGGGGAGCAGCUCCACCUGUUCUGUGAGGAUGCUGGGCAGCCCAUCUGCUGGUGCUGUGAGCGCUCCCCCCAGCACAGAGAACACAACCAUGUUCUUGUCAGAGACGCCUGUCCCUGCUAUAGGACAAAGAUCCAGGAUGCUUUGGCAAAGCUAAAGAAACAGGAAGACGAAUGUAAGAGUAUAACGACGACCAUAAGAAGACAAAUAGGUGAAUGGGAGGAGGAGAUGAAGCUUCAGAAAGAGAAAGUCAAGUCUAGCUUUCAGAAUCUCUAUAACUUCCUUUACGAAGACAGGAAUUCUCUUCUGGAGAGACUGGAGAUGGAAAAAUGUCAGACUCUCAAAAGGCUGCAGGACAGUGAAGCCAGUGUGAACAAGCAGAGCAGAGAACUCAAGAGCCACAUCCUGGAACUAGAGAAGAAAUGUCAGGCCCCAGCCCAUAGUCUGCUGCAGGACGUGAAAGACACCCUGAACAGGAGUUCAGCUAUGAAGCUGGAAGUCCCAGAGGCCGUAUCUUUGGAAAUUCAUACUGACUGCGACAUUUCUGAGCUCUACUGUGUUGUGAGGAAAAUAUUAAAGACCUACCAAGUGGAUGUGACUCUGGAUCCAGAGACAGCUCAUAAUAAUCUCAUUCUGUCUGAGGAUGGGCGAAGAGUGACCCAUGGAGGCUCCCAGAAGAAGUAUUACAAUUCUAGGAGAUUUCUGGCCUUACCCUGUGUCCUGGGCUCUGAGGGCUUCACCUCAGGACGACAUUACUUUGAAGUGGACGUGGGACAGGGAACCGGGUGGGACUUAGGAGUUUGCCUGGAAGAUGUGCCCAGAGACAGGAACGUGAAGCCGGAGCCGGGAUCUGGAUUCUGGGUGAUCAGGUGGAGGAGACCAGAAGGCUGCACUGCCCGUACUGAGCCUUCAGUAUCUCUCUAUCUGCAUGAGCAGCCCCGGAUUGUGGGGGUUUUUUUGGACUAUGAGGUUGGACGCGUGUCCUUUUACAACAUGCCGUCUGGUUCCCACAUCUUCACCUUCCCAGAGGACUCCUUCUCUGAUACCCUGCGGCCCUUUUUCAGGAUUUCUCGUUCUUCUCCAUUAUUUCUGCCUCCAACAGAUAAGUAAAGAAAUGAGAAACAUUUCCUUCUUGGGGGAACUAUCAUCCUAGAGAAUAUAAUAGAAAUGGGGCUCCCUGGUGGCCUAGGGAUUAAGUCUCAGCACUAUCACUGCUUCGGCCUGAGUUCGAUCCCUGGCCAGGGAGCUAAACCACAUGCACAGCAGACCUCUCCUGUCUCAUCCGCUGCUCCCCUCAGCAGUGUAUUUCGGUAGAUCUGCCUGCUUUGCUCCCCACUCUCAGGUGAAUCCUCUCACCCCCUGCACCUCUGGCCUACACCCCAGUUUUUCUAUGCAAAAAUAAAAUCUUUUUUUUAAUAAAAGAAAUGUGUGAGGACCACAGUUUCAUCUGUUUUCUUC